GGAUUCGUCUGAGCCGGAGGUUGGUUUCACUCGGCACAGACGCUGUGGGCCGAAGGGCCUGUUCCUGUGUUGUACUGUUCUGCAUACGAGAGACUUCCCACCUUGUGACUGCUCUCAGCCCAACCCGAAAGUGCACAGCUGGGAGGGAGGAACUUGUUUGUGUGUGUGUGAGAGAGAGAGGGCAGGAGACAGUGCCUCUCCAUAUCACUGUGCUGUCCGCAGUUACACACUUCAACGUGCUAACUCAGUCGCAGCGAAUACUCUUUAUCAGGGACUCCAGCCUUUGCGAGGAGCGGCGGCUGACAAGCAACUCAGAUCGGCGAUGCGCGGGGAUUAACGUCGGCGUUCCGGGCCGGGGCUGAGCGGUGGUGACCUGACCUGACCUGACCUGACCCGACCCGCCACCACCCGCGAGCCAUGGGUGACAACAAUGGCGAGAAAGGCAGCCAGGCCGGGCAGCUCUAUGAAAACUUUGUGCAGGCUCUGACCUUCCGGGGAACGCUGCAGGCUUUCCACAUCCUGUGCCGCCAGCUAGACCUCGACCCACUGGACCAUCGCAUGUUCUACUCUACGCUGAAAUCCAAGCUCAACACCUGGAGGGCCAAAGCCCUCUGGAGCAAACUAGACAAACGGAGCAGUCACAAGGAGUACAAGAAAGGCGACGCGUGUCCGGGCACACAGUGCCUGAUAAUCGGCGCGGGCCCGUGUGGGUUACGCACAGCCAUUGAGCUGGCGUUGCUGGGCUGUAAGGUGGUGGUGCUGGAGAAGAGGGAGACCUUCGCCAGGAACAACGUGCUACACCUCUGGCCGUCUACCAUCCACGACCUCCGCGCCCUGGGCGCCAAGAAAUUCCAUGGCAAGUUCUGUGCCGGGGCCAUCGAUCACAUCAGUAUUCGGCAGCUGCAGCUGAUCCUGGUCAAGGUGGCCCUUCUACUGGGGGUGGAGGUCCAUGCCAACCUGGGCUUCGUGCAGUUACUGGAGCCUCCCGAAGACCAGGAGACGCAAGGCAUUGGCUGGAGAGCUGAGCUUCACCCCAAAGAUCACCCCAUCUCCCAGUUUACCUUCGACAUCAUUAUCGGGGCUGAUGGGCGUAAGAAGAGUUUGCAAGGGUUCAGGAGGAAAGAGUUCCGAGGCAAGUUGGCCAUCGCCAUCACGGCCAACUUCAUCAACCGCAACACCACGGCGGAGGCCAAGGUGGAGGAGAUCAGCGGGGUUGCCUUCAUCUUCAACCAGAAGUUCUUCCAGGACCUCAAGGAGGACACAGGGAUCGAUCUGGAGAACAUCGUUUAUUACAAAGACAACACCCAUUACUUUGUGAUGACUGCGAAGAAGCAGAGCCUCCUGGACAAAGGGGUGAUUGUCAAUGACUACGUGGACACGGAGAUGCUCCUGUGCGGUGAGAACGUGAACCAGGAGGCCCUGCUGUCCUACGCCCGCGAGGCGGCCGACUUUGCCACCAACUACCAGCUGCCGGCGCUGGACUUUGCGGUGAACCACAUCGACCAGCCGGACGUGGCCAUGUUCGACUUCACCUGCAUGUACGCCUCGGAGAAUGCCUCGCUGGUGCGGGAACGCUGGGGGCACCGGCUGCUGGUGGCUCUCGUCGGCGACAGUCUGUUGGAGCCCUUUUGGCCGAUGGGGACUGGGUGUGCCCGAGGGUUCCUGGCUGCCAUGGACACGGCCUGGAUGGUCAAGAAGUGGGCGGAGAAGGUCUCGACGCUGGAGAUUUUGGCCGAGAGGGAGAGCAUUUACCGACUGUUGCCUCAAACCACGACUGAGAACAUCAGCAAGAACUUUGAACAGUACACGAUAGAUCCCGCGUCACGCUAUCCCAACCUCAACUCCAACUGUGUUGCGUCUCACCAGGUGCGCCAACUCUACAUCACCACUGAUCUGAAGAGCUGUCCUCUGGAGAGAGUCAACUCCAUUCGAAAGUCUAUUAAAGUCUCUCGCCGUGAUUCGGAGAUACGUCCCAACCGCUUGCUGACCUGGUGUCAGAAACAGACGGAGAGCUACCAGAACGUGACCAUCAGCGACCUGACCAGCUCCUGGCACAGCGGCCUGGCACUGUGUGCCAUCAUUCACCACUUUUGCCCACAACUCAUUGACUUUGACUUGCUGAAUGAAGAGGAUGCAGCCAAGAACAACCAGCUGGCCUUCGACAUUGCGGAGCAGGAGUUUGGAAUCUCUCCGGUCACCACGGGCAAGGAGAUGGCCUCUGCUGGGGGGCCGGACAAGCUCAGCAUGGUCAUGUACCUCUCCAAGUUCUACGAGCACUUCCGAGGGAACGCCUCAGCUGUCUUCAAGCUCAGGAAGGAAGGAAGCAACGACGUGAGUGCGCUCCAACCCAGGCAAUCCAACUCCCUCUGCAACGUCAUCAACCUGCUGCCCAGGAAGCGGACACCCAAGGAAAAGAAAAGUGAAGAAAAGGACGCGGCAAGCAAGCGGAGGAGGAGGACCACCACGGACUGGCAGGAUGUGCUGAACUCCAGGGGCGAGGGGAAGGAGGCGAGCGUCUGCACGAACCACAACAAGGUGAAGUCGAUGGCCAGCCAGCUGCUGGCGAAGUUCGAGGAGAACGCACCGGGAACCUCGCUGCAGAGGCAGGUAACAGCGCCCACCAGUGCACCGCGACCCGCGUUACCCGUCCCGGCCGGGUGCAGUGUGAACGCCCGCUUCCUCACCUCCCGGGGGGAUCAGGCAGGAUCUGAUCACCGCACACAGACAAGCCGGCAGUCUGAUCUCGCGGCCAGUGCCGAGCAGGUGAUCAGGGACGCCAAGUUCGUGAAGGAGGCCGAGCGGCAGGCAGGGGCGGGCAAGCACGUGCCCGUGAUCCCCCACAACGCCCUUGCACUGUCGGGCGUCCUGCAGCGGCUCCAGCGCCUCGAGGAGAAGCUCGAACAGAGGAAGGCUCUGUCUCUCGCGCAAGGCGACGUUCCCUUUAGCAGGAAGAGCAUUAAGGAGAGAGGAGCGCACCUGACCGCACUCUUUGGGGCCAGGACGCUGAGACAACAGUCGGGUCUGCCGGACUCCACCUCAUCCCAUGCGGUCGCUGGUGCUGCCUCUUCCACCCAUGGCUCUGCUCUCUCCAUGUCUCCAGCUGUGCCUCACCUGCUCCACCUUCCAACACAGAUACGUGAUAUCAGGGAGGCCGCCAUUAAUUUGGAAAGGAUGUUCCUCGGUGGCAAAGAUGAAUCGAGUGUCCAGGACAAGGCUAGAGUUGAGAUUCCCAGCUCAGGGUCACCUGGACUCUGUCCCCGCAGUGAAAGUGUGAGCCCCCGGUCUACAGUCUCUGCCCAGCACUGUCACAGAGAGAUGACGGUGGGGAAGGUUUCGACAGUCAUUGGAGACAUGGCGGAGAUUCUGGUUAAACUUUACCGCACAGAUCACAGGCCCGAUGCAGCAGCGGCGGUGGCCCCUCGGGUGCAGGGGUCAAUGAAGAAAGACUUCCCCCAGAAUCUGGGUGGCAGCGACAUCUGCUAUUUCUGCAAGAAGCGGGUUUACGUCAUGGAGCGACUGAGCGCAGACGGGAAGUUCUUCCACCGCGAGUGUUUCAAGUGUGAGUUCUGUGCGACCACACUGCGGCUCGGUGCCUACGCCUUCAGCGUGGAGGAAGGGAAGUUCUACUGCAAGCCUCACUUUACGUACUGUAAAUUAAAUAACAAAGCAAGAAAGCGGAGGAACCUUCCCUCGACACAGACGUACAACAAGGGUGAAGCGGGAUCGACGACCUCAUCCGACGGCGAGGCGGUGACCAGCGGCGAGUGCGCCCAGGCUGCCGGCUCCGCAGCCGAGGCGUCCCCAGCGUCUCUGGUCCGCUCCGCAUCAGUCGGCACCAAGAGGUCUAAGCGAGCUCCCGGACAUGUGGACCUCCCUGCGACCCCCCCUGGCCAGGAGAGUGGGCGUGCGCUGGGCGGGACGGGAGCAAACAUGCUGGCGGUCCGGGUUAUGGUGGCCAGUGAUGACAGCGGCUCUGAUGUGGAGAUGGAAGCAGCCCACGCCCCCACUGUGCUGGACACCUCGGGCCCAGGCGGUUCAAUGGCAGGACCCAUAGGGCCUGGACACAGAGGCAGCGAGUCCCAGGCUGAAGAGGAAGCUGAGCCCGGAUCACCCUACACCACCUCCACUCCCCAGGAAGCCCUCAGGCGAGCUAAAAGCUUCCAGUCCCCUGCCAUGGACAGACAGGAGAAGUGGAGGAAAAAACUUUGCAACAAGCUCCCCUUGCUGUUGCGGAGGAAGAUGGAGCAGGCGGGGAGAGAGGGAGCAGUGAAUUUGCCCACCUCCCCCGAAAUCCAGGAACAUCCAUCCCAGGUCCGGCCACACAUGACCAGGGGUUACUCCUUACCUCACAGGUCACCGCGGCAACAUGGAGCCGAUGAUGGAGACGCCGUGUGCCGCCCACGCCUCGGCACCGACUCCACGGCACAACUGACCACCGGGAGGCUGCGGCCGGCAGCGGCAAGCCGGUCGCCCAGGACCGUCCACAAGCUGUCGUGCUGGAGCGGCAGUGAGCCCGCGGAGGCUGCCGAUGGAGGGGUAGAGGACAUGCGGAGCGUGGGGCUCCAGGAGACCCUGGUCCCAGACGCUACUUGGUCAGGAGAUCCUGGACCUUCAGAAGCUGCCGCGGGGGUGGGGGACAGGAGCCGGCCGAGUCCGACCUCUGCAAGAGGGGAGAGUCGGGGUGGCACCCCUUCCCCCAGAGCACCGUCCCACCCACUGGGGUGGAGUCUUCCACAUACAGGUCACGGGUCCAUGGAAACAGAGCUGGAGGAUGGUGGAUCCAUGCAGACGGAGAGCGAUGCCGCAGAGACGCUCCUUCCAAAUCCUGGCCGGCAGCAUCCAGCUCUGUCAUCAGUUUUGUCCCCGCCAACUAUUUCAAUCAGGUCGGACCAGAGUGGUCCCCUCGACUCUCCCACCAUGGAAGGUGUUCACACCAAAAGUCCAGGCCCCGAGUCUCCCGGGUCACCGCUGACCUUCUUAGUGAAUGCAUUUAGGAAGUCCUUCUUUGAGAGCAAGAGCCCAGUGCUUCCUAACGCAGUGGAACAGCCCCAGGAGAAGAAAAGCAAGACCAGAUGGGCAAGGACCUUCUCCAGUAGUUCCUUCCAUGGAUUGUCUCUUGGUGCAUCCCUGGCACCGAAUGACGGCCACUGGCUCCGCGCCGUUAGGCCACGGUCUCCCUUUCCACCCCGGGACAAAGGGUCACCUUCAGAACCUCCCGCCUCCCCUCGCCCAGGACUGUUCCCCAACUCCCCAAAGCCUAGUGGUUCAGUCGGUGGGACGGGCGCAAGCUUGGGGAAGGGCAGCCAUCGUUCCAACCGGAAAGAGAAGGACAAGGAAGGCCAGGCUAGUCCCUCUGCGCUGGACGAUGCCGGAGAGGGGACUUCCAAGGGUGAUAUCCGUCGUCUGAUGACCAGCUUUAAGAGGAAGAGCGUCAGGCACAAAGAGAUGAAGAAGUCCAUAGCCAAAGUCUUCACUCCUCCCACACUCCAAGCUGCAUAUGGGCUCAGCCCCCCCCUAGGCCCUGAGGAUCAGCCGGUGGGCUCCCAGUUCACUGAAGAUGAAUCCGAAUCCUCCUUGGACGAACCAUCUGAAGGCAAGCAAAAGGCAACGAGACGAAGGACGGUGCAGGACACUGCCCUACUGCAGCUGAAGAAAGAGGAGGUGAAACGACUGCAUAGAGCGCAGAUCAUCCAGCGGCAACUGCAGGAGGUGGAGGAGAAGCAGCGUGUGUUGGAGGAACGCGGGGUGUUGUUAGAGAAAGUGCUCCGGGGCGAGUCAGAGUUCGACUCAAAGGAUGAACCUCAACUCAUGCAGAAGUGGUUUAAACUGGUGAUGGAGAAAAACGUCCUGGUUUGCUACGAAGCUCAAAUGAUGAUAUUUGCCCGGGAGCUGGAGCUGGAAGAUCACCAGAGCCGGCUGCAGCAGCUGCUCAACAGUCGGAUGUCGGUGGAAGAUUUCCGGAAAACCGAGAAGGAGAUUGCGGAGGAGAAGCGGAUCCUGAACGAGAUGUUGGAGGUGAUAGAACAGAGAGACAAGUUGGUGGCUCUACUGGAGGAGCAGAGGCAGCAGGAGAAGGAAGAGAACCGGGACUUGGAGAGCUGGAUGUUGGCCAGAGGCUACAAGUUCAACUGGUCCUGAGUCCCACCAUUCACACACGCUCCAUAAAUGGAUAACGCCGGAGACCUCCAGCAGAAGCAGCACCAGUGGAGGGGAGGGGGGGGGGGGG